GCCGUUGAUGGCGCCACUAAGGGCCGCAGCUGCUAGCAUGUUUACUUUAUUAAAGUAUUUCUUAUACACUUUCUCCAAACAAUAAUAACUACUUAAAUAGGUAUAUAGAAACCUAUUUAGCACACAUGAUUAUCAACAUUCCGUUGUAAGUUACACGUUCGCCUGAAAUCGUAAGACUGAGAAUUCAUAACCUACAAAAGCAUGGGUUGCACCCUGCGCACUCGCUCGUUGAGUUAUCAAUUGAUUCGAUAUGAAGUUGCGAAAAUAAUUAAGUGAUACCACGUAAAACGAUUCGUAACAGUCGCACCGACACAGAUUGUACAAUGAAUAAUCGUAAUAAAACUGUUUUGUUAGUGCUAGUAUGUGUAAUGUUAAUGUGGAAAACAUACAACUACUAUAGUGUGCGCGAUUUAAACGAAAUAAAUAGCGGUGGGUCCGGCGAAUUGGUGCUUCUACAAAAAUUAAAGCAGCUCAACGAAGCAGAGGCCAGCUCACAAGUUAAAGUGACUGUUUAUUAUGAGGCGCUGUGUUCAGAUUCGCGCAAUUUUAUGCUCAGAGAGCUGCUGCCCACCUAUUUAGCAUUGUCUAAAUACCUUAUACUAGAUCUUGUACCCUAUGGAAAAGCAAGAACUAUGGAGAAUCCUGAUGGAAAGUUAGAGUUUCAUUGCCAGCAUGGAGAAAUUGAAUGCCUGGCGAAUAAAGUACACGCGUGUACAAUUGACAAAGUUCAGGAUCCAGGGCAGCUCCUGCAGAUGGUUGUGUGCAUGAUAGACAACAAUAUAAUUCCAUUAGAUGCUGCACAGCGGUGUGCCUCACAGCAUGCCGUCAACUACGACGCCAUCGCCGAGUGCACACAUAGUCCGCGGAGUGGGGACCUUCUUCGCCACCAUGGAAUCCGCACGGACCGCGUGCACCCCUCCUUCAUUCCUACAGUCGAACUAAACGACGAGAUGAAAGUACCACUGUCGACCAUCCUGAAAGACUUGAAAAAACAAGUGUGCGCCAAUUUAGCGGGCGCUGCAGCUGCACCAGAAGAAUGCGCCUGAUGAUGUGUGUUAUGUGUGAUAUAGCUAAUUUUGUAUAUUGAAGUCUGCAAUACGUAUCCAAGAAAUCAGUAUUAAAAAUAUACACAGCAAAA